CAUGAAACCACUGGAAAGGAAAGAUCGUCCAACCCAACAGAAUGUCUCAGGCAAAACGAGAACAGAAGAACACCCUCCUGUAAAUAACUGGAAGGUAGAUAAACUUAGGGGUCUACUUCAGAGACUGGGACUAUGGGAGUCAUAUCCCAGGAAGAUAAAAAUGGAAGAUGUCCUACUUAUAAGUAGUAUUUCAAGUACAGAUCUGAAUACUAUGGAAAAAGGUCUGUAUCAGCAGUAUAUUCACAAGCUCAUGAUGCUAGACUGCAGUGCCCGGUAUUUGUGUUUGAAAGCGACCAAAUCAUCUGAGCCUCAACCAACCACUACUGAAGAUGCAGGUAGCAGUGAUGAAGAGGAUUACAUAGUCAAAGAAGAUACGUCGGGUGCUGAAGAUGUCUGUGACAUGGAUUCAUCUGUCCACCCCAUGGAUAUUCAUAUGGCGGUUUUUCAUUGUUCAGAUGAUUUUGUGAGGCAGUACAUUUUUUCCAAACUCUGCACAUGUCAGUUUGCUUUACCUCUUCUGGUACCAAACCCCUUUUCGGGUGAAAUAGAGUUCCCGGUGUGGGCACUUCGACAAAUCAAAAAGACGUGGCAGAACACACAGCAGCCUAUCUUCAGUGCACAGGUGCCUAUUGUUUCCUUUGUGAGGCUGGGGAAGUCCUCAAACUCAAAGUCUCACAUCCUGAGCAACAUCAUCAACCAACGGAAACACCCGGUGUUUUUCAACCGACACUGUGCCGGAAGCAUGAGACACUGCCUCCUUAUGGACGGGGUUGUGGAAAUCACUUGGUACUGUGCAGGAUACAGUGAGAGAGAUAUUUUUGACAACUGUGUCGCUUUUGUGAAUCUCCAUGGCGAUGCCAGCCAUCACCCCAGACAGCUCCAGUUUCUGCAGAAAGUGAGUGCUGUCACUGUACUGCUUCUCUCAGAGAGCCCCCUGGAGGAGGAAGCAAGGAAGACUUUCAAAGAACUGCGAAAAUCUCCUACUCCACUAAUUACGCUCCUCUCUCAUGCAGAAAAAGUUCAAAGCAAAAAAACGAAAAAUGUAAAAAUUGCAGCAAAGAACAGAAAUGAGGCUGAACUAACAGGAGAAAUCAUCUCCAGCAUCAAACAGUGCCUUCCAACUAAAUCAGAGAGGCCUAGCUUAGCAGAUUGCUUGAGGAUUGCCAGACAGAAGCAGUUCAGAAUUGAUGAGGACAAUGAAAAAUGUAGAGAGGGAAAAGAGCAGGCUGAGCAGAUGAUGAGUUUGUUGAAGGGAGAAAACAGAAAAGACAGACAGGAGGAAGAGGAAUUACUGAACCUAAAACGGAGGCAUUUGCCAUUGCAAGGUGAACUGUGGGAGAACUGGUGCAGGAAGGAGAAGCAGCAAUACCGUCUGCACAGCACAGGCGAGAGAAGCAACGAUAUGGUAUUGAGUGACAUAAAAUCUGAGCAACAAGCCAUACGCUUAGAACAACUGAACAAGGCGUUCCGCUGCAGUGAUUUCAUGAAGUCAUUUCUGCAGUGUUUGCACCAGUCAGAAGAAAAUAAUAUCCCGUAUAUGUUACAGUGGCUUCAGAUAUUUCUGGAAGAAUAUACCACUGGCCCACUUACCAAACUCCAGGAGAAGUACCACUCAAUAUGGGCAGAAAUGAGACAGAAACCAAAAGGUGAGGAUGAGGAACUCAAAAAGAAUCUUGAAAAAGUGUCCAAAGAGAUCAAAGCAAUGUCAGUUGGACUGCAGCAUCUUAUGAGAGAACUGGGUCAGCUGUACGAGGCAGUUCAUUCAGUAGCCAAGAGUGAAGAGUUCACAGAUGUACAGUGUCUUGACACUCAUCCCAGAAUUGGAGCACAGAUGCUGAUUGCAGGGUACCCUCUGGAGCUCAUGGAUGGAGAUGUGGCUCACGUGCCCAUUGACUGGAUCAAGGCUGUUUUUGACAAACUGAUACAAAAACUUGGAGACAAAAAGGUUUUUGUCCUCUCAGUCCUCGGUCAUCAGAGUUCUGGCAAGUCCACUCUGCUAAACACCAUAUUUGGGUUGCCGCUCCCUGUGAGUGCAGGAAGGUGCACCAAAGGUGCAUUCAUGCAGCUGCUGACAGUUGAUGAAGUGAUGAAGGAACAGCUUCAGUUUGACUUUGUGCUGGUGGUGGACACUGAAGGUCUGCGAUCACUGGAACUCAGCUCUGAAACCACGUGGGCCCAUAACAACGAACUGGCCACCUUCAUCAUUGGUUUGGGAAACAUGACGCUCAUCAACAUCAUGGGAGAGAAUCCAAGUGAAAUGCAGGAUACUCUGCUGAUCUGUGUUCAGGCUUUCAUGAGAAUGACUUCUGUCAAAAUAAAAACAAGUUGCAUAUUUGUGCACCAGAAUGUUGCAGAGACAACCGCCAAUGACAAAAACAAGGAAGGGAGGAUACAACUUCAAAAGAGACUUGAUGAAAUGACUUGCAUUGCAGCAAAAGAGGAGAAUCUGGACAUUAAGUGUUUUUCUGAUAUAAUUCAUUUUGACGUGGACUCUCAGGUGUUCUACUUUAAAAAUCUCUUGGAGGGUGACCCCCCCAUGGCACCUCCUAACCCCUCCUAUAGCCAGAACGUUCAGAAGCUGAAGGACAAGCUGCUGUGCAUUACCAAAUGGCAGCCAGACUGCCAGCUGCCCUCACUGUCUGAGGUAAAAGAGCGAAUCCAAGACUUAUGGGAUGCUCUUCUGAGAGAGAACUUUGUUUUCAGUUCCAGGAACACCUUGGAGAUUUCUACAUACAGCAAGCUAGAAAAGUCUUAUGGAAAAUGGUCAUGGAGCAUCAGAAAGCAUGCUCUGGAGAUACAGCAAACCUGGCACAACAAAAUAAACAGCAACUUGGUGGAUGAGGUGUACAUGUCAGAUCUUAUAAAAGAAUUUGAUGAGAUCUAUGCACAACUCACAGAUGAGAUAGAAACAUAUUUUACACAUGAGGAACAGCCAGAAAUCCUGGUUAACUGGAGAUGUAAUGUUGAUACAAGGUUUCAAACUUUGAAGGAUAAGCUCAUUGAAGACACACAGAGGAAGUGCAAAGAUUUACUCAACAGAAAGUGCAGAUCAGAACUGGAAGGGAAGAGGUCUGGCUAUGAGGCAGAAUUGCUCAGAAUGAGUAGAUCUUUAGCCUCAACACUACAGGACCAAAAACUGACCAGUGAUCAAAUGAGGCCACACUUUGAUGAACUGUGGACCAAAUGGUUGACAAAAAUAUCCCUGGAGAAACGUCCAGAAAAACAAGUUGACAUCCAGGCUGUUGUGGAAGGCAUCCUGUACAAUCAAUUCAAAAUGGAAAAAGAAAUUGCUCAAAGGAUUCAGAAGCACAAGGAAAUGAUCAGUUUUCAGUUCCAGGUUAACAAACAUGUUUCACUUACCUGGCAAAAGUGGAUUGCGACAAAGAUGAAAUUGUUAGAAACUGCUAACAUUGAGAAAGAAGGUCAACGUAUUACAGAAGAAAUAGCUGCAGAUGUACAAAAGUACAUUAUAGGGAAAUCAAGGGAAAAUGUGGAUUUCAAUGAAAUAUUUAUUCAUGAAAUAUUAGAGAGAAUAUCACAGACUUUGGAGACAUAUGAAAAAAGUGAGAACCACAUAAAACUCGAACCAAUGUAUAAAGUUAACAUCUCCAUUUACAGUUGCACAAAGGCAGUUGAAAGGUUCAGCAAAAUGCAUGCAGAUUUCAAGAGGAAAAAUGAUCUGCUGACAUGCCUCAGUGAGAAGAAGGAGGAAUAUUUCCAGUAUUUUAAAGACUCUUGUGACGGAGCAACCGCUGUUACAAUUUUUGCCAAUUUUCUGUGCAAUUAUCUCAAAUCAGAAAUAAAACAGCAAAUGUACCAGAAAGUCAGCCUUCAAAUUGUGGACCACAUGAAACAUAACUACCCAGCUUUCAAUGGAAACAGAGCUAACCUGGAGGAUCACAUACUGAAAGAGCUUGCUGAGAAACAGAAGUUUGACUCGUAUGUGGAGUACCUCGAGCGUCCAAAACAAUACUUUGAAAAAUUCAUCAGGGGAAGGGUGGAGGACUGCUGCAGAGACCAGAGUUUAACAUCAGACCUCCUCAAUAGAAACUUGAAAAUGUUGGUUGAAAGGACUUUGACCGAAAGUUCCAUUGUGACUUCAGAACUGAAGGAGAAGGAGGGAACUAUCACAAUGUGGCUUGAGAAAUUCUGCUCUAAACUUGGGAGUGAUAUUUCCAUUUCAAGAGCGAGUUUCAAAAACAUUGAAUGCGAGGGCACUGGAAACCUGUCGUUUCUCCAGGACAUGAUGGCCAAGUCACUUUCAGACAUGCAGGAAAAGACAGAGCAAGAAAUUAAAACGUCAUGCCUUGACUUUGAAAUGUUCCAGAACAGACCAGAUGACAUUCUAAUCGACCAGCUCAGCGGAUGCUGGGAGCAGUGUCCCUUCUGCAGAGCCAUCUGUACAAACACUAUGGCUGGUCAUGACACUGACCACAGUGUGAGAUUUCAUCGCCCUAAUGGUUUAGUAGGCACAAGUUUUCAGUCGAACAAUGAGUUUUCUGUUGACUCCUGCACCACAUUAGUCAGUACUGAUAUACGUUUCUUCAAUCGUGAAAGCAAAUGGACCCCUUUUAAAGAGUACAGAAAAGCAGGCCCCCCUUUUGACAAAUGGUCAAUCAAGCCAGAUUCUUCUGAAAAACUCUACUGGAAGUGGUUUGUGUGUGUCUUCAGGAAUAAACUGCAGGAGAAAUUUGGAUAUAAGUUUGAGGGCAGAGGUGAAAUUCCAGGUGACUGGGAAAACAUUAGUAAGCCUGCUGUGCUGAAAGAACUGGACGUGUGAAUAUGAAUCCAAUCUCAGGCCAGCCAGGAUUCAGCAGACUGAGGGAUACAGAUGAUCACUCCAACAAGUUAACUUCACAUGUUUAGUGGCAUCAUGUACCACUUAUUUUAAUGUUGAUCAUUUUAACCAAUCAAGUUGUAAUGUCUGCAAUAUUAAUUUGUAUUAUGAAACUGAUCUUACUAAGUGUAAUUGUUCAUUUCAGUUAACCAUAAAGAAAAGCUGAUAUAAUUACAUAUAAUCUAGAUGUUUUUCUGAUCAGAUUUCUCUGUGGAUGUUUUACACAAAACAAGUUUGCUUUGCUUGAACAUGGUGUGGAGCACAUAGUGAGAAGGAUAACACUGCUGUAACAGAGAAUUUAAAAGUAAUUUUAUCAGCAUUACUCAUCUAUGGAGGCCAUUCAGGCCCUAAAUUCAUAAGCAUGCAUGUAGACUAGAGUGGAAUCUUUCUCAACAGAUCUCAUUAAGAUAAAAUUGUAGAUUGCACAUUGCUAAUCAUGAUUAUUCAGAAAUGUGUGUGUAAUUUAUUUUGUAUUCUAUUGAUGUUAUGAUGGAAAAAAGUUGCAGAGUCAUUUAACUGUGAUUAUUAAACAGCAUAUCUCAUUUCUGACAUUAGCAUUACCCUGUACUGCAUUUUGUAACACAAUCUGAUUUUCCAUCUCAGACACAACUGUCAAGGCAUUUAUAAAUGAAAUCCUGCUUAACGGAAACUUUAAAAUCCAACCUUCGUUUGAAAGCUGAAGACAUUGUGUGUAGAACUGGUUAUGGCUCUCACCAUUUUGCUAUGAGCUUCUUUAUAAUGUACAGCUGCGAGACAGUUCUGAAUCUGCAAAAGAGUCUUUGUGUUUUGUUUUUAUAAUAAGCGACAGAUCUUUUGACACUUUUAUUACAUUUACAGCCUUCAUGUGAUGUACAAGCUGUCCAAGACAUUGUGUGAAACAAUAUUUUAACAUUAGUUGUGACUGUCUGUUAGUAUAGUGGAUUACAGCUUGUGGGAAUAUGCUAAUGGGAAAUAAGAAUCUGUGUAGUAUUUCUAGUCACUUGUUGGUUUAUUUUGGUCGCUGGUUUAUUUUCUUUGCAGGCAAUUUUGGUUGUUUGACUCUGUCUGCUUCAUCAUUGAUGGCUUUCUGAAUGCUGUAAGAAUGAAAUGAGCAAAGCUCAUGUCCUGCUGAAAUGUCUUGCAUUUAACAUGAAAGAAAUUCUUAAGUUUUA